CUGUCACUCUGACUUGACUCUUGUUGGUCUGAAAGUGGCCACAGCAGAGCAGCAUUUCAAACCUCCUUCAGAAACCGCCACCGCCCAUUUCCUGUCCUCUUCUUCUCUUUCUCCACAAACAACGAUCUUGCAGACUGCAGUCACUCCAAUCUCCUAGCAACAGUAACCGCCGGCUGGUUCCCGCCGCUCCGAACCGAGCCCUGUCGCCACCGGCGCUUCCAAUUUCGCAACAAGUUCCUUCCUUCCUCAAUGGAGCACAAAGAACACGAGCCGAAGAAACAGCAAGAUGAUAUUCAAUCGCCACCGCCGGGGAUGGAGGAGGAAGAAGAAGGCGAAGAUCACUAUGAAAUAGAGUCGCCACCACCGCAACAGGAGACCGAUUCGAUUCAGCAGUACCAAUUGGAAACGCAGAACAACCGCAACAUAUCUCACCCUCCCCCGCCUUCCCUUCUUCACUACCACUCCCCUUCCUCCUCCCCUCCUCAACCUCCGCAUCAGCAUCAGCAGCAGGCGGCGGAGUCUCCUCCGCAGCUACGGCGAGCUCUGGAGGCGCCGUCCCCUGAGUCCCCGCCCAUCGCCCCUAUGCCGGUGGCUUCUGGGCCGUCCAAGGCAGCCCCAGAUGGAGGGGGAGGCGGUGCUCCUCCUCCUCCUCCUCCUGCUGCUGCUGCUGUUGAUGGCGGUGGGAGGGCUACUGGGGGGAGAAGAUUGAGACCCAAUUUGUCGAUUAUGAGGAAGGCCAAGUUUCAGAAUGCUAAGAGGGGAGCUCUCUUGGGUUCCAGGAUUUUGGGGUUUGUCUUCUGCUUGAUUUCCCUCGCUGUUUUGGCUGCUGACAAGGAUCAAGGCUGGGCACUCGAGUCUUUCUACCGCUACAAGGAGUUCAGGUAUUGCUUGACAGUGAACGUGGUGGGGUUUGUGUACUCAGGAGUUCAAGCAUUUGAUCUUGCUUACUCAAUGCUCACUAAAAGAGUUCAUAGCCCAACCGGGAACUGGCUCCGGGAUUGCAUCGAUUUCUCUCUGGACCAGGCAAGCUCCACUGUCCCUUUUGCCCAUAUUAAAUACGUCACCAUGCCACCUUCUCAUCAUCCAUUCAUCCUCCCAAGUCCCACCUAACCUAUGCACUUUGCUUCAUUAGCCACCACUCAAUUCCUAAUGUGGCAAGAAGCUUUCAUGGGUUACUAUCUGCUGUGUCUAUCCUUUUAUGUGAGCUUGCUUUGGACCACUGUGGCAAUGUCCCAAAAAAGGACCCAUGGCCGGUUGAGUGACCUCUUGCUCUAGUCGACAUCACUCUGUUCUCUAUACUGUAAAAACACCGUCAACAACUGGCUAUUGAUUGUAUCCUGUUUAUAGUAAAUGGGUGGUCAGGUGGGUUAAUGUCCUUUUCUAUGGAAGUUUCUUGGCUGGAGUUCAGAAUAUUUUGGGCCAUGUCUUUAUUUGUUUCUUUGUUUGGUUGUUAUAUGCUUGGAAUAUUUCUUUCCCCUCUACUCUAAUACUACUACCUAUUCCUCUUCCCUUUCCCCCAUAAUGAUGCUGCCUUUUUGUUUGGUGCCACCUACUGUCGACUGUUGUUUUGCUUUGGUUGUUUGUUCUUUCUUUCAUAGUUGAGGAUAGAAUAUAAUUGCAAGUGGCCAAUGGGCCUUUCAGCCUUUGCGAGGAGCCUUAAUAAGCUUGUUCAAAAUGCCCUUCUUGUUAUGCUUCUAAAGUACCGUGUGAAAAGCUAAGCUGUAGAGAGGAUCAUGUUGCAUGAAAAGGCAAUUCCUUUUUACUCUGAGUCGAAUUUAUACCUUUUGGACCAUUUCCAGUAGGAACAAGCUGGUAGUAUGCUGUCUGCAAUUCAUAUUCUCAGCAGAUGGCAAUUUAUGAUGUGAAGCUUGGGAUCAUAAACUUUGAGAAAGGUCACAAAUUAAUUCAACACAUAAUACAUUCUUGCCAAGUAUGUCCUGGUCAACCUUAUGCAUUAUGUGUGACCCUAUUCAUAUGCUUUCUUAUCCAUCAAACUUGCAGCUUUCUCUCCUUAUGGAAUCGAUGCCUUCUAGGAGAUGUCGUUUCAGUUUCAUGACAGGGUCGCAUAAUUUUCUUUAUGCCAUAUGCAGAUAAUAGCAUAUCUUCUGCUGUCUGCAUCGACAUCAGCAGCGUUCAGAGUGGAGGACUGGGAAUCCAACUGGGGGAGUGACGAGUUCUCGGGCAUGGCACGAGCAUCUCUCAUCCUGUCGUUCCUAGCUUUUGUUGCCUUUGCAUCGAGCUCGAUUCUGUCUGGUUACACUCUCUUCACUUCACAUUCAUUGUAGUACCUACUUUGAGAUCCUCUUGGUGUGCUUGGAAUGGGGAAAGAUAUACGAUGGAGAAUAAUGAAUACCAUACAAACUUGCGUACAUAGUAGUGAGAAUAUCUGCAUAAUACUCGGGACUAGAUACAGAGAGACUAGAUGAGCUUGAUCGAUCGCUCUCACGAUCUCCUUUCUCAUCCAUGGUGAAAGUGUUGGUGUAUGAGUUUUGAUAGGGCGUGUCAAUUGUUUGUUGUAUUCAAUUAGAAGUUUAGGUGGCAUUUGAGAAGGAAUUGUACGUUGUAGCACUUUUGCCAUUCAUAAACUCAUGCUACUUUUUCUGUUACAACA